AUGGCGCAUACCGCGGGAGUGUCUUACAUUAACAAUUUUGCCCCUUUUCAGCUCUAUAGCCGUCUAAUCCCAGAAUGGCUGGUCGAGUACUCUUGGUGUGUAACUUCAGUUUUGUGGUCAUUGAAGUUACUGGAUUACAUGCGGGUAUUCCGCCAACUCGGACCAUACAUAACCAUGGCGGCAGAGAUGAUUCCUCGAAUGCUGCCAAUUCUUGCAAUGUUGUUCGUUUCGCUGUUGUCGUUCGGCCUCGUUCGUGAAGCGAUCACCUAUCCUUACGAGAACUGGCACUGGCUACUUCUUCGAAACAUUUUCUACAAACCGUACUUCAUGUUGUAUGGUGAAGUCUACGCACCGGAGAUCGACGUCUGUGGAGAUGAGAUGUGGGAGGCCCACAUUGAAGCAGACGUGCCAAUCGGAUCGGAUACGCUUAAUAUCACGGGUGAGUUUUUGAAAAUUUUUCACUCACUUAGUUCAUUUGGAAACAUUCUCACAGGAACGAGAAACAUUUAG